CAAUAUUUUAAAUUUUAAAGCACUUGAUAUAAGCUCCAAUGAGUGCUGGGAUAUCGCAAACACAAAAUAUCGUAUCUUCAAUGUGAAGUCGCAUCUUUACCAAACACAGCUAAACUACAAUACAGCCAGAACACACUAAGCAAAUAGUCUUGUUUAUAGAAAAUAAUGUUAACUUUCAUUUUCCCUUAGAAUCUCUCUAAAAUUGUUAUAAUUUACGAUAUCUCCAAUUUAUGACCACUUUCUGGGUUCUGCAUUGUAUGUCAGCGAAAAAUUUGAUAUGAAAAAGAGGUUUACGACAUUAAUAAGACAGUUCUGUUUUUUAAAGGACAUACCAAAAGUUUAAAUUGUUAUUUCAUGCAGAAUGUGGACACUGCAUACAUGUAAAAAUCUUAAUAUUUAUAUUACUGAUAGCAGAAAUCAUUUGACAAUGUUAUCAUUUUAUCAGUACGUCAACUAAAUGAACACUAGCGCCACAAGCAUGCGCAUACACGCGCAUUAAUCAGUGUACCGUAAACAAUGGGGUGUUUCUGUGUGUGUGUAGCUUGAUCGUACGUUUGGUUGACAAUCGCGAUGUGAUGUAUUCUACACCAUCGCAUGCUGAGUUAUAUUUUCAUCAAGACUUUAAUUUUUAUAUUAGUUAAAAGAUUUAUUUCUAAAUGUUUUCUUUCGUCGUGAUUACGUUUCUCUAUUUUGGUUUCUAAAUAUGUGUAAUUUGCCGCCGAAGUUCCAUUCAGUGUGUCGCCUUUGUUUAUCAUUCUGUGGCGAUAAUUGCAGUGAUGUUAAACUUCCAAUAUUCGAUCGUGAUAAGGAUAAAUCACAUCUAUCUGAGAUGAUAACGACAUAUUUAUCAAUAAUGGUAUCACCAGAAGAUAUGCUGCCACAGGUGGUAUGUGGGAGCUGUGCACACAAACUUGAUGACUUUCAUACAUUUAGAGAGUUAACUCACAAAUCAGAAAGGCUCCUAGAACAGUUUCUUCAGUAUACAAGUUCACUAGCUGGUUCAAAAGAGGAGGUGCUCAGUAUAGCGUCCGAUAAGCUCGAAGAGAUUAUCAAACCUUACUCCGAGAAUGAUGAUUACGAUCAAGCUAUUAGAAACAAAUACGCGGAAGUCGGGUCACCGGACUCUACGGAGGAGAUGAAGAAUCUAGAGAGCAGGCAGGCGGCGGUCACUCUCCUUCAGAUUAAGAACUAUGAUCCCAUGAAAUAUGUGAAGUCGGAGGAGAGUCCGCACAUAAUGUUCAACAAUGUUCCCAGUUUACCGCCCUCCGACAGAGCGAGAGAGGUGAUGCACUGUAAUGCAGUUAUAGAUAUAAUAAGCAAGGCUGUGGCGGUUGCGCAGCGGGAUAGUGAUGAAUCUCAGACCUUCCCUCCGAACUAUGCGAGUGUAAUCGAUAAAACGCACCCGGCAAGCGCCACAGAGGGGGGCUACAGCCAGGAGUACGCUGAGGAACAAUACACAUACGGCGCCUCGCAGCCCGCCGCCAGCCCCGGUAGCAACGACGACCAUGACAAUAAGGAAAUGGAUCUAUCUUUAUAUAGCUCUCUUAAAACUGAACCCGUCGACCCCACAGAGCGAACAGAUGCAGAAUCUCUUAAAUUAUACGUACACAGGACGGUGUCGAAUAGUAAAAACGUCAACUUUGCCGAUGAGUACAAGCAACACCUAUUCGGGCGAACUGGCAGCAAAGCGAAGCAGACGAAAGACAUAUACGAGGAAUGCAGUCAAAGCAGUAGCGGUUCUGAUCCUGACAGGUUACAAAUGGAUAUAUCUGAGAUGUCACAGGACGAUCCGGAGGAGACACAGUCGGUGCCGUCGACGCAGUCGUCGCCGAAGCCCCCGCACGAAGGUGAAAACGUCAAAGAGUCCUUGUGGCAGGCCCUACAUAGACAGAACGGACGUGGCGGAGAAGCGACACAGCUGCUGCGCCGGCUCAUCAAUAGCAAACAUCUCGGCAUGACGGUGUCCCCGCUGCGGACAUCCACCUCACCACUGCCAACCAACCUGCUGCAGCACAACGGGACUGUCUCACCGGUCAGUGAUACUAAUGGCGAGUGGACGAGUUCUGGGCGCACGGGUAGUGGGGCUAUGUCGGGGGGCACAGCGCGCAGGAAGCAGAGCUUCCCGGCUCGGGCGCAGCCUGCUUGCGACCCCCCGCCCCAAGCCUGGCCUCACUCAGCCUCAGAGAACCAAGAACCACCGGAAGCGUGCACUGGCACGACGGGUACGGGGGGUGCAGCAGGCGUGGGGGGCACGGGGGGUGCCCGCAACGUUGCGCGCGUAGAGUUAUCGUGCAGCAACUGCGGCACGCACACCACUACCAUCUGGCGACGUGACGCGCGCGGCGAGAUGGUGUGCAACGCAUGCGGCCUCUACUACAAGCUGCACGGCGUGCCGCGCCCCACCGCCAUGCGCCGCGACACUAUACACACGCGCCGCCGCCGCCCGCGACAUGACGGCAAACACGCCAGGAACAAGUCACGUCGAAACGCGAGCUCGUGUGCGGAGGUGACGGAGAGCGGGGGCGGUGCUGGCGGUGGUGGAGGCGGGGGCGGUGGUGUCGGUGCGGGGGGUGAGGCGAGCGAGGAGGCUGUGCUGUCGGCGCUGCGCCGCCAGCUGCAGCCGCACCUGCUGGCAGCGCUGCACGCUCACAACACGCACACGCACCGCAGCUUGCCGCCGUUGGAUCCCAGUAUGAGUGAGUACGACGACGCGCCGCUGAACCUUGCCAGCCACGUGGCCGAGGAGACGCACUGACCGCCGCGCAGAGCACCGACCCCGCCCCCGCCCCGGCGCACCACGCCCCCACCAUACACGUAACGCCCAUCUCACUCACACACACUUAUACCCAGUAUUCCUGUCCCAUUCUCUCAUUGUCAUAUAUUUGAAUUAUUGCACUUUUGUUUUACUUUGUUCUCGUAUUAACUCUAUCAUUGACAGCAGUA